CCGCGACACAUAACACAGAAAUUUUGGUUAUUCGCUUGGAUUUGAUUCGUGUUUCAUUCUCUUGUCAGCUGUCACGCUGUCAGUCGUCACUGGACUUUAGUGGGUUUGUUUGUUGAUUAAUUAGCAAAAUAAAGGCGGAAAUCUGAAAACUAAUCGUAAUUUGCAAAAGUUGGACGAUGUGAAUAGUGAAAAUCAGCAAUCUGAUAUUAAAAAUAUUAUUUUACAAUACAAUUUAUUUGGAGCCAAGAAGAUGAACGUAUCCAAUGCAAACCUCCAGGUUUCUGUAAAUGUGACUCAGACAAUGGAUACAAAUAUGCCAAUGUCACAACCACCGCCACUCAUAAGGAGGAGAAGUGUUGAUCCAUCUAAACAAGUAGAUGAGGAUAUAGUCUGCAUUGACUCUGAUAGUGAAGAUACUCCAAGUGUUACCCAUACUAUGCCAAACAGUGCAGUGAGCUAUUUUUCUAAUAAUUCACGAGGCAAGAUGGUCACUCUCAUGAAGGAUGGUAGAAUAUUCAAAAUCAUGAUACCAGGUAAUGUGAUUCCAACUAUGAGUAACUCUCCAAGCCCUGUGACCCUAAAUAUCCCAGGUAUGGGUCCUCUGAAGAUCAAAGUUGAUCCGGUUGCUAAGUAUAAGCAGGUAAACCCAGCGCCAACAGGUUUGAGGCCAUUUUCUUUGAAUUUCGAUGAUAUCCAUCGCCAAGCAAGUUACCUGAAUGCUAAUACAGUCAGUGUAGAACAAAAGUUUCAACCAAGUCCAGGAAAUAGGUCAGCAAAUAAAACAAGUCCUAAAAAUUCAAUCACAAAGAAAGUACCUGGUAAGACUGAUAAGUUUUGCUUUACACCAUAUCAAGGUAUCACCAAUAAUUUUGGUUUUGGACACAUGGAAAGUCACCAAUCAAAAAAAUGUUUGAGUACUCUUAACGCGUUGAUGAGAAGAUUGAAUGCAUCAUUGAAUAAAAAGAAGAAGGAACUAAAAAAACUUACAAGUGCAACUAAACGAAACAGACAAGUAAAAACAGUACCAAUCAGUAAAAUUGUUGGAGCUAAAGACAUAUUUCAUUGGUCAGGCAGUUCUGAUAAUGAGUCUGUUUGUAACAGCAGUUUGUUGAUUACUAAGAAGGUUGUAAUUUUGAAUGGUGGAGAAGAACAUGACACAAACAGAAAAGUGAAAAGGCCAAGAAAGCCUAAGAGCAAGACUCCUGCUAAAAAACUUGAAGCAACUAUUAGACCAUGUUAUGUCAAACUGAUUAAAGAUAGUCAUGUAGAAAAAAUAUACAGAAAUUCAAUAUCAAAAAUGGAGAACCAUGUAUAUAACCGAAGUUCAAAGAAAUCUCUCAAUAUAUCAGAAUAUAUCAUUGACACAGAACAAAAGUUCAGAAAUCAUAUAGCUUAUAUUAAGCCUGUCACUGUAAUCAAUGAAAAUAAUUAUAGAGCAAUAAAGAAUUAUAAGGAAGAAUUUUGCAGAACGAAUAUUGUUUUUCCUUACAAAGAUGGUCUACCUAAAACUCUACAACAAGAUACAAAUUUUAUCGUUGCUGUGUCAGAUGGCUAUGUCAAGUUGGUGGAUGAUGAAUUAUUGUGCAGUUAUUUUUUAAGAGAAUUAGUGCCAGAAAAGAAACGUUGAUUAUUUAUCAAUGUUGCAAGUAUCUUAUUAUUUAAAUAUGUAAGUGUAGAAUAGUUCUUUAUUACUUCUAUCAGUCAUGACAUCACACAGGCCCUUAGCUUAGUGUUGUCUCUUUAGCAGUCUUGCUGAGUUGAAGUUUCAGGCUUUAUUCUACAUGAGAUGAAAGAAAAACGGAACAUCUGUAAUUGGGGCUUGAUACAGUGAUUUACAGGGCAUAAAGUUAUAUAUAGAGAAAUCCACAUACCACUGAUGUUAUGUGCACGACAGAGAAGCGCACAAUACGUACAUUAUAAAGAGACAGGAACAACACAUUGCCCAGCAAGCCGAGUGACGGAGCCACGGACGCAGCUGCGACUUGCCGCGUUGCCAUCGGCUCACUCUCUCUAACAUGCGUAUUGCACGCUUAUCGUACACAUUACCAGGUCAGUGAUAUUUGGAUUUAUCUGUAUUAUGAUCCGAUAUUUUAUAGUUCAGAGGAUAUUUGCAAUUUUGGGAAAAAGCUGGUUUUCUAGCACAAGUACAACUAAACCGUUACGGCGCUUAAUAAUAAUCAAUGCAAAAAAUCUUCAAUUCAUUUUUUUGUGAAAAAUCUUCCAUACCUCAACUUUGGAGGGUAGUCUAAAAAAAUGACUUGGUCUUUUAAUAUGCAUGUAAAAACUAUUAUAACCCCUUCAGAGUCAGUUCUGGAAAUGUUCAUGGCGAUGCAUUGACAUAUGUGGAAGGUCCAAUUAUUUAACUUGUUUUUAAAGCAUUAUUUUCUAUGCAAAAGUGACACCUAAUAGAAUUGUUUUUUAGUUUCUGAAAUGAAUCUUCAUUUUCCAUAGCCCUUAUUUUUGUCUCAUUAAUUUUCUGGCGCAGUUGGCCGAUACUUAUAUAUUCAGAUGCACAGAUUGUCAUGUAUAAAACCACCAUAUAAAAAAAUUCUGGAGGAUUUAAAUCUGGUGAUCUUGGAGGACAUCGUAUGGGUCCACAUCUAACUAUCCAACGUCCAGGAAAAGCACAGUUCAAGUGAUGCCUUACAUCCAGUGCAAAGUGGCAUGAGGCACCAUCGCAUAACAAAUAGUUGCAGCUUCGAACGCCAAAGGUACAUCCUCUAGCAAGUCAUGCAAAUUGUUUUGUAAAAAACAAGUUAUGACUGGCCAUCCAAUCUGUCGAGCAUUUCGUAUGGUCCAAUUAAUUUGUUGUUGAACACUCCAGUCCAUAAAUUAUCCUCACCUUAUACGUAUUUUGGACGCGUAUGAAAACGCGGUAAUCGGGAUAUACCGCCGGUAUAUAAGCAGCACCAUAAUAUGCGUUUAUGCGUAACCCCGCGGAAUAUGACAUGAUUCUACUUAAAUGCCAAACUUACUUCACGAAUUCCGCACUGGAUCAUUGACGGACUAGUUUUGGUCGGACUGAAGAUUAAACGCUCCCGUGCCUCGAAUGUCCAAAUCACACACUUAUAUCGUACCAUGAUGAAAUUUUGACGGCUGAUUCUUCAAAGAUUAUAAAUUCGACCGACCAAAGUUGAGGAAUGGAGAUUUUUCACAAAAACUGAAAAUUGCUUGCGUUGAUUUUUAUUUAGCUUCGUCACAAAAUUAUAUAACCAUUGGUAAGAGCAACCAUUUAUCCCAUACCAGAGAAAAAUCGCAGCCCCAGACCUAUAGUUUAGUUGAACUUGCGCUUGAAAGUUUAUGAUCCCGUUUCUUCCAAAAUUCCACAAAACUGCAAAUAUAUCCUGAACUACAAAAUAUUGGAUUGCAUAUAUAGGGGUUCAAUCAGUAGGUUGAAUCAGUGAGGCCCUCUAUCAUCUGUCUUCCGUUGAUCCACCCACAACUUUACCAUUAUAUUAUCACUCAAGAACUUCUUGCACCAGUUAACUGAAGCAUACAUAAAUGCAUUGCUAGACAUGUUGUUUAUCCAUACUAAAUAACCUGAAUCAUUAAUCCAUCUUGAAGCAAGCAUACAUAAAAUAGUGUUUGCAUACUGAAUAUUUUUGUAGGCAUCUUUUAAGCUUAAAAAAAUAAUAGCAAAUCUUCUAAAUGGCUUCAACACCACAUAUUUGUGAACCUUUAUAUAAACCAAAAUAAAUUAUUUUGAUGAUAUUGUUAGUUUUGUUGUAAUGCUUACAUGUAUCUAAUGUUUAUACCAUUAUACCAUAUUCUGCGAUUUUAGGUUUUUAAUUGUACCACAGUUUUGGACACCAAAGGGAAUUUGUUUGCCUAAUACUGUUUUUCAGUAUACUGAUAUUGCAUAAAAACCAUCCGUAUCAUUUCUACAUGUUACAGUUUAGUAACAAGCUCGUUGUAAGGCAAGUAUCAUUGUAUUCGGUUUGUUUAGGUAUUGUAGUUUCCUUUGGCAUUUCAAAGACUUGUUGAAAAUCCCAAAGUAAGAAUUUGUGUAUAGAUGAAAGUAUUUGUAUUUUUCGUAUUGAUAUAACAUGGAAACUAAGUGUCACAUAGUUACAAUAUUGAUCCUUUUGCUAAGCCAAUACAAAUUUUGCAAUAACGGACAGAGUUGGACGUCAAACUGCAUGGACCAACCUUGUUUUCCUUUUCAUUAUAUUGAAUACAUUUUCAAUUCAAGUAUAGAACUUUGAUAGAACUACAUUAAUCAAGACAUAAAAUUGUUGAUGUAAAGCGGGUAAUAGCCAAGUCCAGACCUGUAUAUUGACAAUACACCGGAUUGAACGACGAGUAACACAUCAAAACCAUUCAACAUUUUUUUAUCAGUGGCAUGUGACGCUUGGUAUAAUCGAUUUAAAUGUCAAAUGUCAGUUAUUUUUUCAGCAUUUUAUUUAAUUUUAAAGUAUAUAUACAAUAUAUACAUAGUGUGUAAAUAAAGUUAUGUUUUCACUUCAA